AAUUACCGUUUACUAUCGGUACAUAGUAAUUAUUUUCCAUCAAAUACUUUUUAAUCUUGAAAAAUUACGACGAACUUAUACCAAACAUGUUCACGGCACAGUUUUAACAGCUAUUUGCUGAACCUCUUGAACAGAACUGUUUAUUCUCUGCGCCACUACUGAUUAUCUGAAAGUGCAGGCUGCCUAAUAUCUAAUUUGUACUAGUAAUUGGUCCUGCAUUGACUGUAUCGAUACGAUUUACGUACAGGAUAAACGAUUGCAAUGCAAAGUUCUUUUAAUUCUUAUACACACAGGAUUUAAGUGCAGUUGCGCAAGCAAAAUCCCCUGCGCUAAUCUACUCCAGUUUUUUAUCAUUCUUUUACCCUAUACUUUCCAUGGACGUUCAAAAAGUAAGGGUCGUAUCACGGCAACUUGCAAACUUUCCUUACUAUUAAUGAAUGUUUCCGAAUUAUACAAUCUUUGCAAGUAGUAUGUUAGGGACCGCACGAUCCGUAUUUUUGCGGUGGAUUUACUAAUUUUGCGGUGGAUUCGAGUAUAUUUGCGGAGGAUUUAAUUAUGUUCUAAUACGUCACGCAUUGUGUGUAUCAUAUGCGGUGGAUUUAAUUAUUUUUAUUACUUAUUACCAUAAAAUGACGGGCAAAGAGACGGGCAGGGACGGGCACAUUAAUUAUUCAAUUACUUAUGACCAUAAAAUGACGAGCAAGUGGUGAGCUAUUAUGUUUGAGGUAGGUUCGGGCAAGUCCAGGCAAAGCUAUUGUGUAUCACACAAUAAGAACAAUCAAACAGCUGAACUCGACAAUUGGUCAACGAAUCCAAUAAAUUUACGUCAAACCUUUAUAUACUCUUUGCGGAAAGCGUUUCUCUAUCAUAGUGUUGGAAGUACCUUCGAGUAAACUACACGAGUAACUUUACACCAAGCACCCUUAAAUUAUGGACUCAUUUAACACCGAGAAACUUUUCGAUUCUCUCCCUGAAUCUCAAGUGGAAGAAAUCUUGGAAUGUUUGUCGAUACCAGAGGAAAUUUUCGAGCCUAUUUCUGACUCGGAAUGGGCUGAUUUGCCGACUAUUGACAAUCACUUGAGUGAAGAGUCGUCGAAUGGUCAGAUCGGAAUGGGUGAUGAUAUGGAACCACCAGCUAAACGCACCCGAUAUCACCCGUUUUCACGGUUAGAUGCUUUGAAGCGGCACCAAAAGCUCCAUGUCCAAGGAGAUAAACCUUUUGUUUGUCAUCGUUGUGCUAAGAAGUUUCGAAGAGCUUCUGAUUUGAAACGCCAUGAAAAAGCCCACGAAAAGCGAGCGGUAGAGCGAGAGUACAAGUGUGGUACCUGUGGUGAAGAAUUCAGGAAUGCUGCUCCCUUUCGGGCCCACAUAAAGUCGGCUCAUGGACAAAAGCGCAAAACAGCUCCUAAUGAUCACCAAGAACCACCAUCUAAGAAAUCAAAACCGACCCAGAAAAAAGACCGUUCUGAUCCCCAAGAAACCCCUGCUAAUUCUGCUGGUUCUAGUUGGCAACCUGACCCGUUCAACAUGCCAUCCACACUUUUAGAUGUGGACCAAUCAACCCGAGAAAUCUACAAAAGGCACUGGCGUCAGAUCCGUACUCGAUUUAGUCGAAGAAACAAAGUCCAGGAUUGGUAUAAUUUCAGGAUUGAUACUCUCAAUACCGAAGACCUCAUCCGUCAAAUUGAACGUAUCUUCCAAGACCAAUCUACCGUAUUUAGACUCAACCUGUCUUUGGGUUUCAUUCUCCGUAACAAUGAGACGGGACAGCUUCAAUUCUACCAUGCUUCACAUAACAACAGCAGACUGUUUGAGGAACCCUUCCUCAUAUCCAACGCCUCAGACCUGGAGAAAGUGCAUGAGCAGUUACGAAACCUGGACAUUCUAGAAUGGGUGCGACAGAAAAGACCCAACUCCAAAUGGGUGGUCAGCUGGGUAACCAAUGUAUGCUUCUACAUUAACAAACUCCGAGAUCAUACAUCCUCAACAAURAAGCCCUCGUUGCCUUGGAGUGCGACAGUAAUACUAGCCGUCCCUACCAAGAUAAUCUGUGCUUUUUCCGGUGUCUGGAAGUGCAUAACGGAUGUCAUUUAAAGAAUUUGAAGAGGGAUACCAAGCAUUAUUUUGAUAGAUACUCCCAAACCAAAGAUAGUGAAUUUAUGGGUGUGGAGCUCGAAGAUCUACCAAUGUUGGAAAAAAUGUUUGAAGUAAACAUCGCUGUGUAUUCUCUGGAACCCACUCGUCCUGAUGGCGAAGUAGCGGAUGAAGAACCAGAAACUCCUGACGAAGACCAGCCUGAAAUAGCUGCACGUUUAAUCCGCCGGUUCAAAAAGAAUAUGGUGGGUGGGCCAAGCAUCAUCUUCCACCGCUACCACGAGAAGGAAAAGACCAAGAUCAGAGAAGUGGAGAUGACAGGUCAAGGUAAAGAAGCCAAAGUGUGUCAAAAGAUCGUGGGGUAUGACGCCAAUGCUCUCUACCUCUGGGCCAUCAUGCAAAAUAUGCCAACUGGGGCAUUUACGAGAAGACGAGGAGAGACAGGGUUUAAGAAGGAAAGUUCAGUCAAGAUGGCGACGGAGUGGUUAGAGUGGGAAGCCAAAACACGUGGUAUUCAAAUUCGACACCAAGUCAAUGACACAGAGAAAAGGAUUGGUGCCAGAAGACUGCCUGUGGAUGGGUUCCAUGGUCCCAGCCAAACCGUCUUUCAAUUUCAUGGUUGUUUCUGGCACGGCCAUGACUGUCACUUGACGAAAGGGAAAGAAGUAAACGAGAGAUGAAAGAAACCUAUGGCUGAGCUGAGGUACGAGACUCGUGUGAACACCCAGUAUAUUCGUGAUGAAGGCUAUACGGUCAUUGAGAUGUGGGAAUGUGAAUGGCGAAGAAUGAAGAAAACUAACCUUGCAGUCAAAGAGUUCGUGGAAACCAAGUUCUUCAGACCCAUGGACCACUACAGAACCCUCACCCAAGACCAGAUUAUACAAGCCAUUCAAAGUGAGCAGUUGUUUGGGGUCAUCGAGUGUGAUAUAGAAGUUCCUGACCACCUGAAAGAUAAGUUCAGUGAAAUGUGCCCAAUCUUCAAGAAUGCAGAGAUCAGUCGCGAAGAUAUCGGCGAGUACAUAUAAGGCUUUGCUGAGGAUCACGAAAUUAUGGCUCGACCACGCCAUAGCUUGAUUUGGAGUUACUUCGGUGAAAAGAUCUUACCGGCCACUCCCUUAAUCAAUUGGUAUCUGGAACAUGGUUUACAAGUGACGCGUAUCUACCAGGUCGUGGAAUAUACGCCUAAGCCUUGCUUCAAGCCGUUUGGAGAAGCAGUGUCCAACGCAAGAUGGGCUGGUGACAGAGACCCCAACAAAGCCAUCAUUGACGAUACCAUGAAGCUGGUGGGCAAUUCUAGUUAUGGCAAGACGAUCACGGACCAAGAAAGACACCGAGAAGUCAAGUUCUGUGAUGAGGUUAAGACGUCGCAGUUGGUUAACAGCUCGUUCUUCCGUCAGCUGGAAGCCAUUGAUGACAACAUGUAUGAAGUCCAGUCAGCGAAGAAGCGCAUUAGUUUAAAUCUGCCCAUGCAAAUAGGGUUCUUUGUCUACCAAUACGCUAAAUAGAUCUGAUUUUGCUUAUUGUGGAAUGGACACCGAUUCUGCGUAUAUUGCAAUCUCUGGUGAAAGUGUGGAAAGUUUGGUCAAACCCGAAAUGAGGGAGGAAUUCGAAUCCGACAAACAUAACUGGUUCCCUCGUACCGAUACUCCAGAGAACAAAGCGUAUGAUAAAAGAACUCCAGGUUUAUUUAAGGAAGAGUGGUCUGGGGAUGGGAUCAUAAGUUUAAGCUCCAAGACUUAUUAUUGCUUUGGAUCUCAUAAUAAGUUUUGUUUCAAAGGAAUAAACAAGAAUACGAAUGAAAUUAACAAGGGAAAGUAUUUAAAUGUAUUGUUAACCAAGCGAAGCAGUUAGGGAAUCAACAAGGGUUUUAGGGUCGUGAAGAACAAGAUGUAUACUUAUAAACAAGUACGGGACGGCUUUUCCUAUUUUUACCCCAAACGUAAAGUGUUGGGGGAUGGUGUUACCACUCUACCAUUAGAUAUUUAGUUUAUUUUUCAAACACAAAUGUAUAAAUAGAGGGUGAACACACCUCU